AUGCCAAAUCCACAAGCCACUGUAGAAGCACUUGGCCGAAGUAUAUCAUGUAGUUGGGAUAUGAAAGCAUUUGAUAUGUUAGCAACUGUUGAAACAUUAAAACGAGUAUCAAAACGAAGAUCGACUCUUUGGCCAUUUAAUGCAGUACUACAAUUAACACAAGAUUUAACACGAAUUCAUAAUGUUGAUGAACAUGCAUCAUGGUCCGAAGAAUGA